AUGACUGACAUCACAACUAAAGUCCUAAGACACCACCGUCACCGCCACCACCACGUCUUCACUGACCGCUUAUACACGUCCAUCCCUCAGGCCAGAGCCUUACUGGCCCGUCAAGUAUACUUGAGCGGAGUGAUCAAGAGCAACAGCAGAGGCCUGCCCAAGGAUCUGACAGGGAAGUUGGCACAGAUGAGGCGUAUCAAGAGGGGCACGUUUCAUGCGAGACAAAACAGCCAACUGGUAGCCACAGCUUGGAAGGACAGCAAGGCCAUGUUAGUGCUGUCCUCAGCCCAUCAAGGAUGGCGUGAUCCGGACACCCACAACGUCCAGCGGAAAGUCCCUGACGACAGCGGGCGGAGGAAGUCCAAAGUCAUUCCAGCUCCCCCUCAGGUGAUUGAUUAUAUCAACAACAUGGGAGGAGUUGACCGAGGAGACCAGCUCCGUGCCAACUACACCUGCUCCCGUAAGGCCCAGUACUGGUGGAAGAAGAUACUGUACUUUUUGAUUGACAUCAGCCGCGUCAACGCCAAUAUCUGUUACGCCAAGCACCGCCAUCAAGCACAGGAUCUUCCAUCUAGCUCCACUGACGAGGAUGCAGGCCACACCACCACUAAGCUCCUAAGUCACGCCAACUUCAUCCUGGAGCUGGACACGGAGCUGGUCAAUGGCUAUGCUGGGGGCUCCACAAAUCCCCAGUGA